AUGGAGAUUAAUUUAGCAGUUCUUCUGAAAUCACUGGUAUAUUUUCUGUUGUGGUCACAUUUUGAGGGAAGAGAGACGGAUUUUAAAGAUGUCACCUGCGGUUCACUGGUAAAACUCCUCAACACCAGACACAGCGUCCGUCUACAUUCUCACGACGUCAAAUACGGGUCAGGAAGCGGACAGCAGUCUGUCACUGGAGUAGAGAGUGCAGAUGAUGGCAACAGUUAUUGGCAGAUACGAGGAAAGGCUAAUCAUCCGUGCCAGCGUGGGACAGCAAUUAAGUGUGGUCAGGCUAUACGCAUCACGCACAUGAAGACUGGUCGCAACCUUCAUACACACCACUUCAGCUCCCCCUUAUCUAAUAAUCAGGAGGUCAGUGCAUUCGGAGAGAAUGGCGAGGGCGAUGACCUGGAUGUUUGGACAGUGCAGUGUGAUGGUGUCCACUGGGAGCGCAAUGAUGCUGUGCGAUUCAAACAUGUAGGUACCAAUGUUUUCCUGAGUGUGACAGGUGAGCAGUAUGGCCCCCCCAUCCGUGGCCAACGGGAAGUACACGGAAUGACCUCAACAAACCAACAUAACUGGUGGCAGGUUAGGGAAGGCGUCUUCAUCCAGCCAAGCAAGGAUCCACUCCAUCAAUCAACCCAUCACGGUGAACUCUAA